CCUCCUCUCAAGCGGCUCGCGACGCCAACCACUAGCACGCUCAAACACACACGAGCCAGCCGACAGUACGAGGGGCCUCAUGGUGAAACGCACGAGAAAAAAACCCUACUGGAGCAAACUUCUGCCAGCCACAAGUCUGCGCCUCCCCCACGUUCUCCCGCCACGUUCUCCACGACUCCUGUCCUGCUCGCCGUCGCAGCGGCCUCGCAUCGCAGCCCCGGGGGCUCGGGCAGCGCAACCUAUUCCGCAUGAUUUCUUGCCCUCUCCGUCUUCCCUUCUUCCAUUGAGGUCUGAAGAAUCGGGGAUUUUUUUGUCUGUUCAAGCACGGAAUAAAGAUAAGUCCUGCUCCUGAGGGACAUUGUGUUUCCGCGUCAGUUCCUUCUCAUGGUGGACUGACACUGACUGUAGAAACUUCAGCAAUUAAAGGAAUUGGUUCCUGGGUUAUUUUAGUUUGUAAAAAAGUAUUUCCUCAAAUAUGGUGGCCUCUCUAGAUAAUGUUAGAGGCUUGACUUUGGCCAUGUCAUCCAGUGCAUUCAUCGGUUCAAGCUUUGUAAUCAAGAAAAUUGGGCUGAAGAAGGCUGGGGAUUCUGGGGCAAGAGCAAGAGCAGGUUCUGGAGGUCAUUCAUACUUGUAUGAACCAUUAUGGUGGCUGGGAAUGGUCACUAUGAUUCUGGGCGAGAUAGCAAACUUUGCAGCAUACGCAUUUGCCCCUGCCAUACUUGUUACUCCUCUAGGAGCUCUGAGCAUCAUAUUUAGUGCAGUGCUCGCACACUUCAUCCUGAAAGAGAGAUUGCAUAUGUUUGGUGUUGUUGGUUGCAUCUUGUGUGUUGUUGGGUCUGUUGGUAUAGUUUUGCAUGCCCCAAAGGAGAGGGAGAUUAAUUCAGUGGGGGAAAUAUGGCAUUUUGCAACUCAGCCAGGUUUCAUUGUUUAUUCAUGUGUGGCUGUGGUUGGUGCUCUUUUUUUGAUUUUCUGGGCUGUCAAACGCUCUGGUCAUAGGAAGAUGCUCGUCUAUAUUGCAAUCUGUUCACUAAUGGGAUCACUCACGGUUAUCAGCGUAAAAGCAGUUGCCAUUGCCUUGAAGCUGUCAUUUAGUGAAUCAAACCAAUUCAUCUACGUCCAGACGUGGUUCUUCAUAUUUGUUGUCAUUAUUUGCUGCUUGGUGCAGUUGAACUAUUUAAACAAGGCUCUGGACUCUUUCAAUACGGCUGUGGUCUCUCCGGUAUACUACGUGAUGUUCACCAUUCUUACGAUUCUCGCUAACAUGAUUAUGUACAAGGAUUGGGUUUCACAGAGUGCAACACAGAUAGCUACUCAACUAUGUGGGUUCGUGACUAUUGUUGCAGGGACUUUUCUACUUCACAAGACUAACACCAGCAGCACAGAUAGACAUGCGGAGAGUGCACCAACACCUCCACCUCCACCGCCGCCGCCUGAUCAAAUUUGUGUGCAGGGAUGAAGCCUGCUUCCAAGUUAUUACCUAACUUCAGCUCCACAUCUAACAUGUACCAAAACAUCGAGACAACAAGCACAUGGAAUCCGAUUGAAUGUUAUAUUGGUAUAGUAGUAGCAUUUUUUGUUAAAGAUGUUUCUCUUUUACCUGUAUAAUUGAAGUGUAUGAAUAUAGUCUUCAUUACACAUGACUUGAAAUUUAUGCAGAGAGUUUAUUAUAAAAAAUAAAUGGAAACGAUACUACCAAA